AUGGAUUAUAAUCCAUAUGCAAAUUAUGUUGAUCUUCUUAAUAGUCAACAUGAAAGUGUAACUUCUUUAGACUCUCCGCCAGUUCAUGUGGCUCGCACAGAAGGCACUGAAGAUUCAUGCUUCGGUGACACUCCUGCAGAGCAUAGAGAGCGAAGAACCUGGACGCCUACAUAUGAUAUAGUUCUAAUUAGCUCGUGGUUAAACACUUCUAAAGAUCCCGUUGUAGGGAAUGAGCGAAAGUCAGGUGCAUUCUGGAAGAGAAUUGCGGCCUUCUUUGCGGCUAGUCCUAAGCUUGCAGGCUGUGAAAGAAGAGAGUCAAUGCACUGCAAGCAACGUUGGCACAAGAUCAAUGAUCUUGUGUGCAAGAGAACAAGUGGUCAAAAUGAGAAUGAUAUUCUCAAACAAGGUCACGAAAUCUCCUUCAACAACUAUAAAAAAAAAUUCACACUCGAGCAUGCGUGGAAAGAGCUCCGCAACGACCAGAAAUGGUGUGAUUUAUCUACUGCUAAAACCGCCAGAAGCUCUAAAAAGAGGAAAUGUGAGGACGGUUCACAAUCCUCAACAUCUCACGCAACUGACUACAAGGCUGGUGAAACGGAUGAGGGAACUGCUAGGCCCACUGGUGUUAAGGCAGCGAAGAGCCGUGGUAAGAAGAAAAUGGAGGAGGGAAAGGGGCUGACCGAGCUUGAGCGUAUGUGGUCCAUUAAACAAGAGGAUUUGACUAGGAAAGAAAGACUCUCGAAGUUGGGUCUACUUGACCGCCUACUAGCAAAGACAGAACCAUUGGCUGAGUACGAAGAAGCUCUAAAAAAGAACCUCAUCAACGAGUUGUUCUCCACUUAG